UUCUAAAACAGGUGUCAAUUAGCAACCUAAGGUAUGGAUGAAAGGUUGCAGAGGCUGCUGAAUUUUGCCGUACAAGGAGAUGUGGAUGCAUUGUUUUCAAUAGUUGCGGAGGAUCCUCUUGUUUUGGAGCGUAUUGAUGAGAUGUCAUUUGUGACUACUCCGGUACACGCAGCUGUAAGCGGGGGAAAGAUCCAUUUCGUCAAGGAAAUUCUAAACUUAAAGCCAUCCCUUGUCGGGAGGCGAGACCAUCUUGGGCGUGGCUUGCUUCACUUGGCUUUGGAGGGCAAGCACCUGCAGGAAGGGCUUAGUCCCCGAGAUUCGGAGUUGGUGGAGAAGUACCAGGAACUGGUAACAUUUUUGAUAAAAAUUCACCCAGAGGUUGUCCGUGUGAAAGCAAAGGGAAUGGUUACUCCUUUGCACUACGCAGCUGAACUAGACGAUGAAACCAAUUUGGCUGAGUUUUUGUAUGUUUGUCCAUCGUCUAUCGAAGAUUUGACAGUUAAAUCUGAAACUGCUAUCCAUGUUGCCAUAAAAAACAGGAGCUUUAAAGCUUUUAAAGUCUUGUUAGGAUGGCUUCGACACUUCGACAAAGAAAAGACACUAAAGUGGGAGAAUGAAGAAGGACAUAAUGCGUUGCAUACUGCAAUUUCUGAAAAUCAACCCGAGCCUGAG